GGACUCUCUUUUCCUGUGUUACCGCCCUUGGUUGGAGUGAGAUAUCAACCUCUGAAGACAUCGUAUUCAUUGGGAAGACCGACGUUAUUUGGAGAUUCCCUAGUUAGGUCCUGUAAACCUCAGGUAAGAAACGAAUAACUCUUAUGUCUAAGGAUAGCCGUCUGUGUUCGUUGGGCUGUGUAGCUGUGCUGUUUUUCACAUUGUCACCCACUUAUGUGCUGUAAAGCUGACUGGUUUAGCUAAACGGCUAGCAACUUAAGGGUUAGCGCGUUAGCUGCAACAUGUCAUCGGGGUGUUUCUCUCCAGUCUUGUUGCAUACGACAAACAUAGCUCACUUACUGAAGUUAAUGUCAGUUAAAGCGCUUUGUCUGGCUUUCACUAAUUCCUCGCUAAUACGCGGUGCUUUUCCUUUAGGGUAUUAUUACAAGUAACAACAUGUUUACUGACAGCAUAGUAAUCAUAAACAUGUCAAGUGAGGGUUAGCUAGCGGCAGCCUGUAGCCUGCGGUGAUCAGAGGAGAUGGAUGAAACUACUCAAACCAGGUAACCCUCACUAAAAAAAAUACACAGCCUUAAAUUGACGCAGCACAUGGUUAUAAGUGACUGGAGUCUGUCAGGUUUAUGAUUAUUGAUUUAAUAUGAUCAAUGAAAUUAGCUGUUUGUAUAAAUGUUCACUGUUUAAUGAGGUAAUCUCAGCUGCCCAUCCCUGUACGUUUCACCAAAAAGACAUCCUUAUCGUCUGUGUUUGUUUGUUUGUUUGUUUGACAUAGACAAGAGUUUCUGUGCUUUAGGGACAUAGUUUUGGUGGUAUGACUCACCACUGUAAAGGGUAAUGGGAGAGGCUUUGGCUUAAACAACAGCACUACUUGUCAGAUAGGUGCAAGGUCACUGUCACUGAAACACUCCUUGUUUGGGAGCUUAUGUGAGAGAUUAUGUGGGUGUUUAAAAGAGGUAGUUUGACCAGCAAAGGCUCACUCUUGAAUGAUGGGUGUGGUCCUCAUCUUAAAGAGGACGUCUGCAUACAUGCGGAGUGUGUUUUUUCUCCUUUCUUUAAAGCCUAAAGGCGAGUGGCCCUCAUGAAACCCUGAGGCAGGUAGGGAUGACUGACUGCUGACACAACAUUUUUAUAGUUACUGCUUACUGCACUAAUGCUGCAGAUAAACAGGCUCCUCAAAUAGUAUUUGUGUAACCUAAAUACCUUUCCCUAGAGAGUGAAACCUGGCUGUAAGCGCCUAGUUUCACCCUCAGUGUAAUGCAUCCAUGGUAGUGAAUAGCAGCUUGUCAGUAGUUGUAACAAAGGCGUGAAAGUGUCAGCCUCUUUGAACCUGUAUUAUUCACACUGCAGCUAUUGCUGAGCUGAGAGGCAGGGCACUCAUUUGAAAACUGUUCUCAUUAUAUAAUAAUGCUUUGUGUGUGUGUGUGUCUCAAGCGUGUGGCUAGAACAGGGGAGUAUACAAAUCAAGAUGUGUGUUGGUUGGAGAAACACCCCACUUCCUGCCUGGCUUUUGCCAAGUUUGUACAAGAGCUGGCGGGAGAGAAAUUUUUGAGUGAAUGAACAACAUGCUGAUUAGGGCUGCAGCUAUCGAUUAUUUUAGUAAUCGAGUACUCUAUCGAUUAAUCUGUCGAUUAAUCGAGUAAUCGGAUAAGAAAUGUUUUGCUCUCACUGUAAUACUUUGCAUUGAAUCACGUUUGCCUCAUUAAAAACCAUCAGUAACACACAAAACUGAAAUAGGCCAGGUCUUUCAAAUGAAUAUUUUUACUGCAUAAAUCAGGAACCAAAAGUUUUACAUUUUACCAUGUAGUUCACAUGAAACUACUGAAGGCAAGGUCUGCAGAUGGUCUUUUAAUUGCUAUGGUAAUGAUCUUUGCAGUUUUCACUAAACCAGUCACAACAAAUCAUCUUCUGAAAUCCCUCAUCCUCCACCAUGGAAAGCGGGCGCAUGUCUGAGACAAUCAUGUUUAGAAUACUGUCGGUGAACUCAGCUGCUUGCUCGGUUGAACACGGUGGAAGUCGCCGCACAAAGCUGUCCAGAGUUUGGUUCUUUGAAGAACUGAAAAAGAGUCCAAUUGAUAUUGAUAUUAACAUAUGUCUAAUGGUGUAAACAUUUUAUAACUUUUUUUUAGUUUGUUCUGUUUAUAUUGUUUAUGAAGUUCUAUUUUUCUCUGGAUCAUUAUCCUGUUUUUUUAGUAAAGUUUUGAGUUUGGUUAUUUUAUUUGGCUUUUACUUAUCUUGCGAAAUUACUAAAAAAAAUAAUAUCAUACUCAGAUACUACAAUAAGUCAGCUAGUUAUUGCACAUUAAUCCAAUAGUGUAAAUAGUUUUUUAUAAGUUUGUUCUAUUUAUAUUGUUUCUUAAGUUCUCUUUGUUUUCUCUGGGCCAUAUCUUGCUUUUUAGUAAGUUUUUUUUAGUUUGGUUAUUUUUGUAUUAAUUGUAUUCAUAUUAAUUGAGUUCAUUCUUAUGUCUAUUCACAGCCUUUGCUGCUAAGAAAACGCUAAUUUCCAUACUGCAGAUCUAAUUAAUCUUGUUUAAUUUCUAAAAAAUAUAUAUACACUUAUAUACUAAGAUAAUUCAACUAGCCCAUGCACAUUUAUUUGAUGGUGGAAAUAUUUUUUUAACUUUUAGUUAGUUCUGUUUAUAUUGUUCUUGCAGUUCUCUUUUUAUCAGAGUCAUAUCUAGUUUUUUUUUUAGCAAGCCUUUAGUUUUGGUUAUUUUUAUAUUAUUAUUAUUAUUAUUAUUAUUAUUAUUAUUAAUAGUAGUAGUAGAAGUAGUAGUAUUUGUAUUCAUAGUUAUCUCUCUUUACUGUAUUUAUGCCUUUACUGCUGUCAUAAUGUUUAUUUCCAGGCUUUGGAUCUAAUUUUACUUGUUUAAUUAAUAGGCUGAAAUAAUAUAAUUCUUGGAUACUAACAUAAUUUGACAAGCAAAUGUAUAUUUAUUCAAUAUAUAAAAGUGUUACAUUUUUAUUUACACUGUGAAGCAGCCUUUAGACAGCGCCAUAAAUUAAAUUACAUUAUGUACUGGACUUAUUCUUGAUUAUUGAUCACAUUGAUUUGUUUUAACUGCAACUGCUUAGUAUCGUGAACAUUACCUUGUUGUGGCCAGUCCGCUCUGCGGACUUAAUGCAUGGACCGGGUGUUUUCUUUUAAGGUGCUGCAGCAUUGACGACGUGCUGUUGUGAAACGCCAACUCCGCCUUACAGUGAACGCACUGCACGGCGUUUUCUUUCCUUUUCAGUGUGUAAUGGUCCCACACUUAAGACACUUUCUGCCGUUUCCUCUGCGUGUCAUCUCUUUCUUCCUCUCUCUGUCUGUCCUCGUUUCCCUCCAUGAUUGAACCAAACGCGCGGCAGCGGAAGGAGCGCAAACACCGUGCGCUGCACAUGGUUCCGGAUUUAAACGAUUCCUCGAGGCAUAUAAUUUGCCUCGAGGAAUUUUAUUAAUCGAGUUACUCGAGUUACUCGAGUAAUCGUUUCAGCCCUAAUGCUGAUUGUUUUCCCAUUUCUGACACAUUGAUUCACUGACUUUUAAAUAAGAGAAACAAAUAUUUUUCAUCAAGGUUUAACACCUGAUUGGUAGACACUGAUAACCAGUCAAAUAUCAGCACCAUCACCACUGAAAACCACUGGAUUAUUCUCUGUCAUCUGAGUUUUUUUUACUUAUGUAAUACUGUUACCAGCAGGAUAGUACCCUCUGUUACUAUCUCUGUCUUCUUCCAUCUGUUUUCCAUCAUCUCUGACACUCCCUGGCAGCUCAGGAGGCUGUACACAACAGGGCUAAAGAGGAAUUGAGUAACAGCGGGUGGAGGGAGUGAAAAAUAAAGGGAGUAGGUAGGUGGGCGGAGGGAGUGCAGACUCCUGUCCCAGGGGUAGCAGAGCUGGGUCAUUCUAACUAUAGUCUUUUUUUGUGGGUGGUGUUCUGUAAUAAUACAAUAACCAGUCAGUGCCGCAUGUUCUGUCUCAGCGGCAAGUCACUACUCCUUCUGCCCCUGGCUCUAAGAUCUGAAACAGCAACUGAACUGGGAUUGUAAAAUCUGCCCUGAUGGAUACAGAUUUGAUAUGUCUCUUUUAGAUAUGAUAAAUAAUGUAUUAUAAGACCCCGGCAUGUCUGAUAUCAAAUCUUAUAGUCACAGCCUAGAAUAAACUUGCAGUGUUUGCCUGACCAUCACUUUUGAACAAAGCUUAGAGUUUAUUGACCUGCAACGUGAUCAGACAAUUUUCUUAAUGGCAUUUUCAAGCUGCUUUGUCCUUUGAAAUGUUCAUUACCUCUGUUGAACAGUUUGUUAAAACAACGGAUGAAGGUGUUUUAGUUUUUGCUGAUACGAUACAUCAGCUUGUAGAAGGCAGCAAAGUUAAAAGGCCGGUAUUUUCAGAGCGAUGAACAAACGCUCUAAGCUCUUCAACCUUUGGGUGGUCAUAUUUUUAUCCUUAAGACUAAAAGGAAGGCUGUGGACAGGAAAUUUGCCUGUUGUAUGCUGUUCUUAGUUUUCAGAAGCUUUUGGUGCUUCAGGAUGAUGAUUUUUUUAAUACACAAUAAAACUAGUGGUGUCAAACUAAUGUAGUUUUGCUGCACUCUUGUCAACCGUACAGUAAAGGCAUCACAGGUAGUAGUUAUGUUUUCUGUUUUCAACACUUACACUCAACACGUCAAAGCCUAAUGUUGGAGCACAAGAGCUGUCACUAUAUGGACAUAAUUAGUGUGUCAUCAAUAUUCACAGAUGUUUUCCUUUCUGCCCAAUCCUGAUAAUUAGCUUUUAAAGCUUAUAUCUGUACAUACCAAUAAUUAACUCUAAUGCCUAUAUCUGCCCAUUACGACAGAGUAUUAGGGCCAAAAUUAAGAAAAAAAAUUGAGGACCUUGAGAUUAAAGUCAUUACUUAUGAGAAUAAAGUCGUAAUAAAAUCAUUAUGAUAGGCUAUGAUAAUGUGGUGCUGAUGUGCCAAAAAAAGAUGAAGUAUCUCGGUUUGAGAGACCUUUAUUGAAGAACAUUUUCACAAAAUGCUCCAUGGCUCUCAUUUCAACAACUGUCACCUUUAAACAACAGGUUAGAAUACAAGGACUUAUUUUGACUUUAUUCUCGUAAGUAAUGAUUUUAGUAUGACUUUAUUUUCAUGAGUAAUUACUUAAUUACGACUUUACUCUUGUUAGUAAUGACUUUAUUCUCUUAAGUUAAUGACUUUAAUCUCAAAGUCUUAAAUUUCAUUUUCUUAAUGUGGCCCUAAUACUCCGUCAUAGCCCAUGAUAACUAACUUCUAAAGCUUAUAUCUGUCCAUACCCAUUACCAACUUUUAAAGCUUUUGUUUACACAUAUCAAUAAUUAAAGCUCCUGUGAGGAACUCUUGGUUUGUGUGAAUUUUGGCGUCCCCUGUAGACGAAGCAGUCUUUGGUUAUCUUGUCAGAGGAGGUUAAAUGUAACACAAACUGUUAAUACUUGCUGUAGUAAAAGCCGAAGAAAAGUGGUUUUCCCUCCAUGCUAUAAACUGUUUCAUCUGACACCUUACCCACUGCGGCGGUACCAGUCCUAAAAUUAUCACUGUACAGAAGUUGCCAGUCUUUGUAUGUUGAGUUUGCUUUUAUAGGUCAUGUAGAGGCAUCACUGUAAAUUUCAAUCAGCCUCAUGAACAGCAAAAAUCUCUCAGGGGCUUUAAGCCAGGGCUUCAUUUUAUGAAUGAGCUCCUACAGACAGUUUUAAACCAGAAAGGUUAUUACUUGUCCGUUCAGACUAGGGAAAAUGUAAACACAAAUUGUCAAGUGAACUUAAGUCGAGAUAUUUUUGGCUUGACCAAGUGGAGUCCUUCGUAAUAUGUUGACAUGUUGUUGCACAGUAGUAAUCUGAGGUUACUGGUCAGUGUGGGAGAGCUUAAGGUGAAAGUUGAGUGUAGACAGGUUUGUGGUAUUAUUGUCACUCAGCCAUAUGUUGUUGUCUUGGAGGAUUAGCAGAUAGGAGAAGGAAAAGGGAAUCAAUCAGAUUGACCUAAUGGAUCCUCUCAUGUCUCCGCCUGGGCUUCAACCCACCCACUGCCAUCAUUAUCCCUGUCUGCAUGCUCCAUUACUCUUCAGUCUGCACACAAAAGUGCUGGGCCUCACUGUCUACUGUGCCUGUAGCUUUAAAUGUGUUGAUUAUAUGUCGGUGAAGUGGAAAGUGGUUUUUAAAGAGAAGGAUAAAAUGUUAAAUGGUGUUAAAUUGAGCUGAUCUGGUCAUAAGAGCAUUAUGUGUGUGUUAGUGUAUGCGCCCCGUGUGUGCAACCCAUGAGAGCGACUUAUUGCUUAUCCCUGGCCAGGGUCUCUGCUUUUUCCAGAUCUGAGUCGGGAAUGUAAUCCCAUCAUUUAGCUUUCAGCACAUCUUGGAAUCAGUCUGGGUAACUUAAACCGAAUGAUGACCACAGAGUCAUAAAUCAAACUUCAUUUGAUGCAGGACUAAUCUUUCCAUAUGCCUUCAGUGGCCAGAAAAGAUUUGGCUGCCGUGGAAUUAAAUGAAAAGAGUUCGGCCUGAACAUGAGGGAUUAUGGCAGAAUACAUCAAAGUCUUCAUUUUCUCACAUGUUAGCAGACUCUGGAAAGCUGGCGAGAAGUAAAAAGAGAAUACCAGCAUAAUUACACAUUAAAGCCUCCAUAUGUUUCCAUGCUUUCUUUGUAGGACCUCCUUGAUGAUCACUAUGAAAAAUGAACAGAACUCCACCUUCCUGAAGAGAAAAAGUGUGCAAAAGCUUUGUAGUGACAUCAUGAGAAACGAAUCUGGGUGCUGUCUCAUGAUCACAGCACAAAAGAUUGCUAUAGUGGAAGUAGAACCGUUCCCAUGAGAUUUGGAUUAAUGAAAUAUUUUCAAUCCUUCCAAAAAGGUCAAGAAAAGUGUGCUCUAUGGUUUAGCCCAGUGUUUGCAUCUUUAGCAAUGCUCUUAUAAGAAUUACAAGAAUGAUUUCAAGAUACUAAGGGCUUGUUUGUGAAUGAAGUGGCCAAAAUAAAACAAUCCAGUACACCACCAGCACCUCUUACUGUGUCUUCAGUGAUAGGCAGGGAAUGUAAUUAUCACCUGCCUGAUCAUGUCAUGAAAAACUGAACAUUUAUAAGCUUUGUAAAAGAGGAAUCUAUGAUGAAGCUGUUGGAUUAGAUCAGGCAUGAAAAUCUCUCACCUUUCGGCGAAAUUCGCCGUUUUGAAGUCGAAAAGGGUGACCUACGUGAAUCGUGUAGAUCCGAGGAGAAAUUUUUUUUUUUUGGGGGGGGGGGGGGUCGGGGUCGGGAGAUUUUUUUUUUAUUAUUAUUAUUAUUAUUAUUAUUAUUAUCAUGUGAUUGACUCAAUUCGUAAACUGAGCACUUCAGAAAUCGGCCCUUUAAAUGACACUUGGACGGUCAGCAAAUCCUCCUGGCUGCUUCGCUGACGAGAACCAAUCACAGGCAGAACUGCGUUCCAUUAUUCCAAUCAUGCGCACACUCUUAACGUGUACUUGGAGUGAUUGGAGAGCCUGUGGAUACAUUGCAAAAGCUGCGAGAACGAGAAGCAGGACUUAUCCACGCCGGUGUUGUGCCGUAGAACGCACCCCUGCCGUAGAAUGCCCCCCUGACGGGAGCGCGGUUGAAAGUACACAACUAGGCGAAAUAAUCCAAGUUUUCCUUAUCGUUUGACUGAUUCAAAAGCGUGUGUCUUUAAUGACUUCAUUCAGGUUCUAGAACUUGUUGUCCUAUGCUUUGGCCCAUGCUUGAAGCUUUUUGUGACAAAAUAAAAACAUGUGAACCCUGAUCUUUUUAACACUCCUUUUCGCCGCUGAUGUUAUUCAUUGAUUCAUUAAAACGUAAUGGUUUUGAGCCAUCUAAAAUAGCGAAAGCCGGCGUCUCGCGUUUACUGCUCUGCAGGGCUCUCAAGUCUCACGCAUUCAGCGUGUGACACACGCAUUCCCACCCGUUCACACGCUCACACGCCACACAUUGUAUUUCUCACGCAUUGAUAUGAACCCCCCCCCCCCCCGCUUCUCACCUCUUCAACCCCUGGCCUGUUAGAUAAUCCAGGUGUUCAUGGUGUUACUAUGACUGGUUGGUUUAAGAGAAUGCUAUCACUCACAGACUGAGGUUGCACGCAUUUUUACUAUACUUCAUGCACUGUCUGUGGCACCAUAGCUAAGUAUAUUGUUGAUGUACAAAAACUACACAAAUCCUUUUGGAGAAAGUAACCGGUGAAGUAGCAGCCUCUGGAGUACUUUAGCACUAGGGAAGGGAAUCACCAGUGGCCCCACGAUAUGAUAUUAUCACGAUACUUUGGCCAAGUACGAUGUCUUUGAGAUUUUUUAACAUUUUGCGAUAUAGUGAGUAUUGCGAAACAAUAAAUGGGAUUUAUACAAUUUGUUCAACUUUCAGCUAAUUUAGCAUUUGUCUUUCUUUCAUUAAAUCCGUCCAAAGUUACUAGCGAGUCUGGAGUAAGUUCAUUCAGCCAUGACUCCGUGAACGUCAUGAGGCUGCACUCCCGGUACUACCACUGCAGCCGAGUCAGCGCAGUGAGCUCUUCCAUCUUGUUGGGGAGAGACCUCAAAGUAGUUACUCCGUCCAUGAUAAUGGACGGGACAGUUGGUUAAUAACGUCACCGCUUCGCCCGAUGCUGAACUCCGGCUCUGCAUCCUCUCCUUCUCCUGCGGAGCUUGGCGGGGAUGUCUGGUCUCUCCCACGAAGGUGGCCGGGCUUGGCGCAGCGCCAACAGCUGUUCACGGCUGUAAACAAUAGAGCCGCUGAACGGGUCACCAGACGCGGACUUAAAAACUCCAAAAAUUAGAAGAAAACAAAGUGUUAGAGUCAUGAAAUGCACAUCCAUGGUUGGAACAUGCAAAACGCAACACUGCUAAUUGAAAAAAAAGACAAAUAACGUGCAAAAAAACAACAAUAAAAAGGCAAAAACGUAAACACUGUGAGUAGCUGCUGUGACUUGCUACCACUCUCAGGGCGCUCAGUCACUUAUUCAUUCACACACACUCCACACACUUGGCUUCAUAUGGGGUCCUCUGCUGGAUUCAGUAUAAUUCGCUGCACCUCUAUGCUUAGUUAAGUACUUUUCUGAUAUUUUAAUCCAUUUGCCACGAAGAGCUUUUGACUUUCUGCUUAUUAAUGUAGCCAUCUGUGUCUCUUAAAAAGUGAAAUAUGUUCAAAAGAACGGUGGUGUUAUUUCACAUCAUGGCAGCAGCAGGAUACAGCAAGAUUCAGCGGCCUAACUGUGGUGUGCCUAAAGGGACGAAAUAGCAUCAUUCAAAAAAUAGCAGCUUAAUUUCAGACUUUGAUUGCAUCAUGCUGGAUGUAUCAAAAGUUAUGAAUUUAAUCAAAAGUUAUAUAAUAUUUGGAAUCAUGAUCGCCACAGACAUUUUGUGAUUUCAAUCUCAUUGUUUCAAUUCAGAUCUGUUAGACAAUACUUCACCUACCACACCAUUAACCACCUUACCCAGAUAUCAAAUCAAAUCAAAGUGUGUACAGUUUUGGCUCACGCCAUCAACACCUUUGUGGCCUCUGGUGUCAUCAUCAGCGCUACUCCUUGGGUGUGGUCAUGGCCCAGGUCUUCAUGGCCAGAGUAGAUGAUGGUCUUUCCUGAAGUCAGUCUGGUUUGGCAACUUCCGUUGCAUCGUGAUUCGCUUAAACCAAGGAGUGCGAUAUUUUAUCUCCUCAUUUCGCUUGCCACUUGGGCUGAUUUGCUGCUCUCAUACAAGGUUCUGAUGUUCCAGGUUUUGUAUCCUGGUUUUUGCCUUCAUCUUCAGUAGAUUCUUCGGUGAGCUGGCUUCCAUUUGGUUUUGACCUGCACACGUCAUGGGCUCUUUUACAGAGAAAUCUCUCUGACUAGGCUCUUGCUGUAGUAGUGUGUUUGUAGUGGGUUUCUAUAGCAUAUGCGAUUUUUUACGAGUUGGAGUUGCUAGCCCCAAGCCCAACUUUCCACCAUUUUUGGUUUCAAGUGUAUUUUGGAGUUGGUUUGUUAGUCCCCUUCCCCUAACCUUUUGUCCUCCAGGCAAUGGAUUACAGUCUCAUACCACGUGAGACCAGACAGGUUCGGGGUCGUGUACAAGCUGUCCCGGCACGUCAAGCCCAACCAACUCCUGCUGCUGUGUAGUGAAAGCUGUAGUUGAGACACGCAUUUCCUACCACCAGCACGAGACAGUUUUUAUUUGUAUUUUUAUUUUUAAUUAUUAUUAUUUUUUUAAUGCUAUGCGCCAAUUAACCUGCUCAUGCAUGUUUUUGGCCACGUGGGAGGAAACCGGAGCUCCCGGAGAAAACCCACACAGACACGGGGAGAACAUGCGAGUCUGAUCUCUGUGAGGCCAUCGUGCUAACCACUAGGCCACCGUGUCGUCCGAAAGAUCUGAGAGAGUUGCAACAGCACAGCUACCCACCUGGAGGACCCCACACGUGAAGCGAAGCCUAAAGCCAGAAAGCAUGUUCCUCAAGUUCUGUCAGCGCUGCACUCCGGCCGAGGCCAAUAGCACACGCCACGGCCCACCAGCAGCGUAACAGCAGCGCAGCACCAGCCCUAGGCGGCUGCUCCACUGCUGCCACGCUGCCAGUUUUUUUUUUUUUUUUUUAAUGUUAUGCGCCAAUUAACCUGCUUAUGCAUGUUUUUGGCCACGUGGGAGGAAACCGGAGCUCCCGGAGAAAACCCACACAGACACGGGGAGAACAUGCGAGUCUGAUCUCUGUGAGGCCAUCGUGCUAACCACUAGGCCACCGUGUCGUCCGAAAGAUCUGAGAGAGUUGCAACAGCACAGCUACCCACCUGGAGGACCCCACACGUGAAGCGAAGCCUAAAGCCCGAAAGCAUGUUCCUUACGUUCUGUCAGCGCUACGCUCCGGCCGAGGCCAACAGCACACGCCACGGCCUACCAGCAGCGUAACAGCAGCGCAGCACCAGCCCUAGGCGGCUGCUCCACUGCUGCCACGCUGCUAGUGAGCGACGGCGCAUGCCGUCGACCCGAGGUGGAGCACAGCGCCGACAGAACGUGAGGAACAGAGGUCCGGUGGGUUUUUGGCGUCAGGCCCCACUCCACGUAUGAGAUCCUCCAGGCGAGGCGCCGCAAAAACUCUCCCAGAGAGAUUCAGUCGGUGGCAUGCACAGUUGCAGUGCAGCGACAGAGCUUCUUCCGCAGCCACCGACCGAAUCGGACCAGACAGCUUCCACCUUUCUUCUUCCUCUUCUUCUUCUCCUCCUUCUGUGUCUUCUCAUCUGGAGCUGGGUCACCUGAGGAGACGGUCCUGUCUUCUGAGGUCUUCUCUUCAGUGUCACUGUCCUCUGAGAUCUUCUCUUCAGUGUCACUGUCCUUUGAGAAAUAUAGGGGAAGACGAGGUCUCGUUUCUAGCUCCACAAGUUCUUCUUCUGUGUCUUCUUCCAGUUUCAGGCAGCGUUCAGGGGGCACAGGUUUAACCUGGAUCAAUAAGGGUGUCUGUGGGGUCUGUUUUUUUAAGCCACUUCUACUGCUGCUGGGCUUCUCUUCAGUGUCACUGUCCUCUGAGAAAUAUCGGGGAAGAUGAGGUCUCAUCUCUAGCUCCACAAGUUCUUCUUCUGAGUCUUCUUCCAGUUUAAGGCAGCGUUUGGGGGGAGCAGGUUUAACCUGGAUCAAUAAGGGUGUCUGUGGGGUCUGUUUAUUCAAGCCACUUCUGCUUCUGCUGGGGUUCUCUUUAGUGUCACUGUCCUCUGAGGAAUAUGGGGAAAGAGGAGCUCUCUUUUCUAGCUCCACAAAUUCAUCUUCUGAGUUUUCUUCCAGUUUCAGGCAGUGUUUGGGGGGAGCAGGUUUAACCUGGUUCAAUAAGGGUGUCUGUUCAUUCAAGUCACUUCCGCUGCUGCUGAGGUUGGAGCUUUGCUGGAAGUUUCCUCUGGUGAUGAACGGAUGGGCAAGGACUUGGCUCGGGGUGAUCCUUUUGCUGGGAUCCAUCUGAAGCAUGGCCUUCAAAAGGUCGAUGCUCGCCUUCUUCUCAUCAUUGUCCUCGUUAGCAAGGUGGGUUAGUCUUUCCAGCUGGUCCAGGUUUCUGAAACGGUAGCGCCUUCUGUCUACAGCCGCCGCACCUCUACCAAAACACUCCUCAGGGGUCUUCAGCCUCCAUUGGCCAGAUGGGGUCUUUUUGCAAUAUACUUUGGUAAACAUCCCACCAUCUAUAUUGUCUGGAAGAGCACCGAGAAGCUCCACCAUGUAUUGCAGAACUGUAUGUUCCACAUCUGAUGGAAAGAAUACGUAUCCAGUCAGCAUGUACCCCAUCACCACACCAAGAGACCACAUGUCGAUGGACUCUGAAAAUGGCAGUCCUAAAAUAAUCUCUGGAGCCCUGCAGGGUGGAACUUGUACUCUAGAGCCCUGCUUCGCUAACCUGGUUGGAAUAGCCAAUCCAAAGUCAAUAAGCCUAACCUUUAGAGGCUGCUCUUCACGAUCCAGCACCAUGAUAUUGUUCGUCUUGAUAUCUGAGUGGAUCACUUUGUUGGUCUUCAGAGCAUCCAAGGCUAUGGCCAUCUGAUGGAUGAUGCUCCUGAUGCUGGCCAGAUCCAGAAGGGUUGAGGUGAAGAUGUGUGUCAUUUUGAUAUGAUCACUUAGAGUCCGAUCCAUCAACUCAAACACUAAGGCUGACUUGUUGUUCUCAAGUGGAAACAUUUCAAUAAACUUGACGAUGUUCUUCUCGUCCAAGUUUUUAGUCAUGAGGAAAUUCAACAUGUUAUACUCAUUUUUAAAGUUUCUGUCAGCAUUUUGGAUCUUUACAGCGACGAUCUCUCGGGUGUCCUCAUUGAUACAUUUUAGUACAACCCCAAAGCUUCCAGAUCCAAGCCUUUUCAGCUGAGUGUAGUUCGACCCGGUGGGGUUGUAGAGGGUUGAGGGUAAACUGCCCAUGAUGACGUGAUUUUUCUCGAAGUAUAGGGAUGAAUGAUGGAAUGAAGAUCAGCUUAUUCUGAGUCUGUUGGGCUGCAGAAAGAGCGGAUGGUCAUGAAACUUUUCUGUGUACUGCCGGAGUUUUGAUCAGUCUAUGUCGUUGCCCUUGAUGAUGAUGUCACUGUGACACAUCAAAGCCCUUGAAUUCUACAAGCAGGUUUGAAAAAUGCUGAGGAGCUUUGAUGUGUCACUGUGACAUAUCAAAGCCCUGGAAUUCUAGAGGCAGGUUUGAAAAAUGCUGAGGAGCCUCUUGUUGCCAUAGUAACAGUUGACAGAAGUACAUUGGCUUAGGCCAUUAUUUGGCUGUAUUCAUGGACACUUUUUGAUCCAAACCAUAGACUGUAUAUAUUGUGGACAAAUUGGCUGCACCUCCCAUCAUUGUGUGAAUUUGAAGCCAAAUUUUUCACUGUAUUUGUAGGAGUUUUCUCUAUUUCCUGAAACCAGCAUUUGCACAGUAGCUAUGUAUGAGAGACAAGCUGUGAUGAUGAAGGCCACAGGUCUGAAGUGGUUGGGCUCCCUGGGGUGUGCUGUCUUGGGGACAGGAAUCACGCAGGAAGUCUUCCACAGUGCUGGGACCCUCUCCAGACUCAGGCUCAAGCUGAAGAUGUGCAGUAGCACCUCACAGAGCUGGAAUGCACAGUCCUUCAGGAGUCUGGAGCUGAUGCCAUUAGGACCCGUGGCUUUCCUUGGCUUCAUCUUCCUCAGCUUACUUCUCAACUGGUCAGCUGUUAUGGAGAGGCUGGGGGUGGUGCUGGAGGGGUUGGUGGAGGAUGAGUGGCGGGGGGGGGGGGAUGAUGAUGAUGCCGGUGCCAUAGAACUGAGGUGGUGUGAAGAAGAAGCAGCAGACGGGUCGUUGGUUUGAUGAGUCGGGGGAGGAGUGGGAGCAGAGUCAAAUCUAUUGAAGAACAGAUUCAGCUCGUUGGCCCACUCCCUGUCCCCUCUCGUCACCCAAGGUUUGCUGUUGGAGAAACACCGUACUUUCCUGGUGGGUAUGGUGUUCUCAACACAGAGGUUUAUAUAGUCCGUGAUACAAUCUGUCAUGGUGUUGAUGUCAUCACCAUGUGUGGCCACACAGUACAUCCCAGUCUGUGGUCUCAAAACAGUCCUGCAGCGCCUCAGUGGCCUCCUCAGACCAUCUCUUUACAUACCUGAUGGUGGGGGGUUGUUUCUUCACCAUAGGUAUGUAAAUGGGCUGCAGUCUCCGCAGGUUGCGAUCUGAGCAGCCCAGCAGGGGGAGGGGGGAAGAGGUGUAUGCAUCCUUGGUGUUUGCAUACAGUAAGUCCAAAGUUUUAUUGUCUCUUGUUGGGCAAUUCACAUACUGGCUGAAGGUAGGGAGAGUGGAGGAGAGCAAUGCAUGAGUCUCCAGUCUCCAGAGAUGAUGAUCAGAGACUGAGGGUGUGAUGUCUGUAGCUUGGACACUUCACUAUGGAGGAGUUCACAGGCUGCAGCAGCAUCAGCCGAGGGGGGAUGUAAACAGUUAACGCGAUUACGUGCGAAAAGUCCCUCGGCAGGUAAUAUGGCCGCAAACUUGCAGCCAGCAGCUCAAUGUCCUUAGAGCAGUGCUGCUCUUUAACACUGAUGUGCCCAGUAUUACACCAUCUCUCAUUCACAUACACCGCUAUCCCGCCUCCUUUCUUCUUACCACUCUCCCUCAUGCUCCGGUCCGCUCUGACGAGAUGAAUCCAUCCAAAGUUAUGAGCGAGUCUGGAGUAAGUUCGUUCAGCCAUGACUCAGUGAACAUCAUGAGGCUGUACUCCCGGUACUCCCACUGCAGCCGAGUCAGCGCUGUGUGCCCUUCCAUCUUGUUGGGGAGAGACCUCAAAGAAGUUACUCCGUCCAUGAUAAUGGACGGGACAGUUGGUUUAUAACAUCUCCGCUUCGCCCGAUGCUGAACUCCGGCUCUGCAUCCUCUGCUUCUCCUGCGGAGCUUGGCGGGGAUGUCCGGUCUCUCCCACGAAGGUGGCUGGUGUUUUAUUUUCAUGUAACCUUAUAUAUAAGUUGCACUAACUUUCACCUGCUGUAUGAUGUCCCCUCACUAGACAAACAGUUGAUAUUAUUUCUCCAUUAUCAUAGAUUUGACUUUAUAUUAGCAAUUAAUUUGAAAAAUUGAUACUUGGUAAAUGAGAGGAUACAAUAUAUCACCAGACAAAAUAUCACAAUACUAUGCUGUAUCGAUUUUUUUCUCCCACCCCUAUUUAGCACAGUCAAAUUCAACUCACAAUUCAUAUAAAGAAAUUUUUUAUGUUUAUUCCACUUCAACAAUAUAGUAAAUCAGCCAGUUUUUAAGUUUAGUGGUUAAUUCUUCCUUUUUUAAAAUUAUGAUUAUUAUAGUCUUUGAAGUACUACUCUGUUAUGGCUCAAUCAUUAACAAUGCUAUUGUCUGAACUGGUCUUUCUGGCUGAUGAAUAUUAGUAUAAUUUUUGUCUUGUGUUAGUUAAGCUUGACUGCACCCUGAAUGGCUGAUCUCCUUUCUCUGGGUCAGCUGUUACAGUACCCGACAUUUAGCUGUGAACUUUUCUUCACUUUGUGUGAUGGAUUCGAUUACACCGCUGCACAGUAGAAAAUGUGAGUGUGGUUUUUAUUGUACAUCAUUAUUUUCAUAUGCUUGGUUUGAUUAAACUCAUCAGUGCUGCUGACAUUUGGGCUCUGCUGCAUUUGCUGGCACUCAAGCUUGUAAGUGUCCUCUCUAUGACUCUCAUAACCAUUUCCCAAAUAAAUAUGUGGAGUCGUAGCGAUGGGAUGAUGGAGGAGGUGAGGAGGAGAGUUCGUCCAGGACAGAGGACUGUAGAGGCUGUACAGUGAAGACAGGAAACUGAGUAUUCAAAGAGACUCAGACUCUCUUCAGGGAUUUCCUCUGAACUGGAGAAAUCACUGAGGGAGCUGUGGGAGAAUUACACCGAAUGUUUCAAGAAUCAUUUCCUGAACUGUAGAGCUGAAAACAGAGAGUUUUCCCUGUUAUCAGUGGAUCUUAGACAAUUUCACGUAAUUCCACAGACUAUGCUUUUUGAGUUUAAAACAUACAAAUAUGACUUUGUGUUUUUUUUUUUGAUAAUUUUUGCCUUUAGAGCAUGUAACCAAGAAGAGUUUAAACGUGUGUGUGUGUGUGUGUGUGUGUGUGUGUGUGUGUGUGUGUGUGUGUGAUUAGGACUAAAACCAUAGGACUAAAACCAUCUGUGGUGUCCUGCAGGGAGCCUGGAAAUCAUGAGGUCAUUUUAGUUUUGGACCGUGGCGUGGGAGAGGGAACUGAAGGCAGCAUGGAGCCUCUUCAUUUAGUUUGACAGGAUGCAACACCCGCUCCUUUACUUUGUCACUUAUCUGAGCUUUCUUUGCUCUUUGCUGCUGUGUUUUUGCUUAUACAAAUAUUUGAAGGGUCUCUGAAGUACUUCCAGCCACUGUAACAGUUUGUUUUGUUUUCAGGUGCUACUUCUGAAAAGAACAGGCAAAUUUACCUUUUUUAACAUUUGGUAAAUUUAAGAAUUCUUUUUAAUUGAUUUGUUUCUCUUGAGGAGCAAAACUUUAGUUUGCAAGGAGAUGUUUUUGAUUCUCAAAGGAGCGGUCAGAGGAUUUGUCCGGGCCUGAGAAGGUCCAUUUGUUUCAGAUGUGUGUUUGUGUUGCAUCACUGUAAGGCCUCAUGAUCCAGCCCAGCUGUGAGAAAGUAUUGUUUCACAUAGAUGGGAUCAACAAUGGCAGGCUCAGUUUAGGUUUGAUGAAAUCAUACUGUUUGGUUCGGCUAGAUAAAAGAGAAUUUUAAACCUACAUGACCCGCAACUAAUGAUUUCUGUGUCCUCCUCUGUCUCCAGGUCUCCUCUCUUUGGUCUGUAGCUGAGCGGCUGAGAAGACAAACUGUGGCUGUGGUCUGCUGUGAAGUGUCCGGUGUAGUGAGCUUUUGCCAGCACAAUGGCGUUGUCGUUCAAGAAGGAUCUGGACAAGUACAAGGAUCUGGACGAAGAUGAAAUCCUCAACAAACUGUCGGCAGAAGAGCUCAAACAGCUGGAGGUGGCCCUCGAGGAGAUGGACCCUGAGGUCAGAACUAGGAAAAGUUAGAGAAGCUCUAGAGCUCCUUAGAGAGAAGGAGUUCCUGUUGCAAAUGGAUUGAUUGGGGGAAACAUUAUAAGAUUAAAAGACUAAAAUAAUGUUUGCACUAAAAUUCACUGACUGACUCCCAGAUCUAACUGGCACUUCCUGAUUGAAGUUCCAAAAUCCAAGGGGGAAGUUUUCCUUUACACCCUCCAACAACACCUCCCAGUCCCCAGCCUCCAUGGUAGAGGAGAAAAAUUUAAGGGAGGGCGUCUGAGCUGCAGUAACUCUGUCAGUGCACUGCCAAGUGUUUGUGUGUUUAUUUGUGGCAAAAAGCUUUAGAGUAUAAUGAAAUCCUCCCGAGGCGCCGGGGCGUUUUAUUUAAAUUCCAGCCAAACCAAGAGAGACAGAUAACGCUGCAGUGACCCUCAGGAAUGACCCAAAGAAAACAGUCUGCAGCAAAUGUGGAAAUAUUACAUUUUCAACCUUAUUCUGGUAAAUAUACCAAGUGCAGUGUGGUGUGUUCUCAUUAAGAAGCACUGCAUUUAGUUUCAAUGGUUGCUGGCCAGAAAACAACUUUCCACACAUCCUCAUUCACCUCCACCCUCUGCUUAUUGUCCGCACUUUGUUGCAUUUUUAUGUCAAGUUUUGUUUGCCAGCAAGUUUAGUGUAUCAUGCAUCAGUUUAAACUUCGGCUUUGUCUGUUUUGCUUCCUGUUUAGAGGAACUCUAUUUCCCUGUGGGACCCUCAAACUCCUACAUCUGGUAUUGCUUGGAGUUACAAGACCGGCCUCAAUGUGCAAAGGAUAAACUGGCCUUUGUUAGCAGAGCCGUAUUUAACAAAAACUUGAAGAAAAGGAAACAGCUUAUCUCAGCCUCGCACACAGAUUGUAUAAACUGAAGUGGAAACCCAUAACGCAUAUUUCAACUGAUAUGCAUUGACAGUUUGAAUGACAGAUGUUGAAGCAAUCCUGUGGGAGGAUUUGGCAUACUGAAACAUUUUUAGCUUUGAAGAAUGCAAUGAUUUGACCUUUAACCUUUGCCCAGGUCUACAGUGAAGGCGUUGAUGUUAUCUUCUGUUUAUUGUCUGUCCUCUCUUUGCAGAAUGCUCUCCUCCCUGCUGGCUUACGUCAGAAAGACCAGACAGCCAAGAAACCAACAGGAUCGUUUAACAGAGAAGGCCUCCUAAAAUAUCUGGAGAAAGAGGCCAUGGAGUACAAAGACAGAGAGGAUAUAGUACCCUUCACAGGGGAGAAAAAAGGUGUGUUUGUCUAUAUGUGUGCACGAUAAAACGCAGCACAAAACCUGAGUAAUUCCCACGCGAACAGGAACAUAUAAACAGGGAACACUGCACUAAUUUAAAUCCACCUCCACUCUUUUUUGUUUAGUCCAGAUUAUCAAAGGGAGUCUGAGAGAUUAUAAUUAUAACAUAUACUAUACCUCAUUUAUAUCAUCAGUAGUGUGAUGCCACUGGAUGUUGCAUAACUGUGAGAAAUGGUGAGAGAGGAUGAACCGAGGUUUGUCCGCGUCAGCAUCACACAGCACAGCGACACUUAGCGCUCUGCUGUCCUAGCAUAUAUGAGUAAUACAUGUCUGCUCUUAUGCAACGUAAAGCAGUUAGGGGGAGAUGUGUAUGUACCAGGGGAGAGGAGGUAGGGUUUAGGUGUCCUAAAUGUGUCUUUUUUUUUAUUGAUGCUGGUUUGGAUAUUUACCUUUUUUAUAAUUCUAAGGCAGAAAGUUCAAAUUUUUUUCCAAUUUCCCUCCAACAAACAGUGUGACAAAAAUACACAAGUGUUUACCAGCACAAAUCCCUUUAGAUUCACUUAAAAGUAACAAAAAAUCUGAAGCAAAUACUAAGAUUUCAAAUUUCAAUUUGUGACCCUUGGCUUGGUUUUCUCGACACUUGGCCUCAGUCAAAACUAUGUAAAUCAAAGCCCAAAGCUUUAUGUAAACAGACCACAUGUCUCAUAUUGGUGCCAUUUAUCUAGUUGGCUUUACUCUCUUCUUUACAUAUCAAUCAAAAAGGAUCUGGAUUACUCAUAGAUUGAAGGAUCAGUAUCUGAUUUAUGUCUUUCGGGCAGUUUUAAGUGAUAUAAUCAGGAUCUUGAGCAGGUAAACAUGUGUGUCAGACUGGCAUGGGGAUGUUUUAUCAGAAUAAUAGUUUGUGUUAUGAUGAAGUUAAAAACCCAAAGAGGAAUAAUGUAGCCAAAGAACUCUGUCACGACACAGCAGGUGUUUUUGAGUAGUCAUUUUCACAGAGGGGGAUGUAAACACCACUGGGAUUAGCGCUGCUGUGUACACAAAAAUAACCUGAUCGUUUUCAGAGGAACAGCCUCUUUUUCAAACAUACUCGCUUAGGUUAAUCCCUUUCUAUAACAAAAAAGAUGCUUUAUGAGACAGAACAACAGGAGAAAACAUUAGCGUGAACAGGAAAUAAUUCCUGGUCAAAAAAAUGUCAUCCAGUGGAAUUUCUUUUGUUUGGAUCUCUGGAGAUCUGCACGCUCGUGUCUCACCGGAGAGGAAAUAUGGAGCUGACAUCUUUCCGCUGACCCUGCUCUGGCCUGUUGGAAAUCAUACUCCCUCUGUGGGUGUGCAUGCAUGAGUGUGUGUGCAUGCAUGAGUGUGUGACAACAUGGAAAACUCAAACCACUGUGGUGGUUCUGUGGAAUGCAGCUGACUUGUUCCCCUUGUUAUACUCACCCCCUGCUGGCAAAUAAUGUGGUCAUGAGUGUGUGUGAGUGUGUACCGCCUUCAAAUAACACGCAGAGGAAACCGGCGACUUAAAUACCAUGGAAACCACUGCAGCCCUUUACUAUCUAAAGUGUUGUUUUUUGGGAGAUUAGUCCUUUUGGCUUGUUCAAUGUCCAUCUUUUUUAUGUUCAGGGUUUACCCAUCUUAACUUCCAACCUUUGGAUAUCCAGAAGGUUAACAUGAACUCUACAAAAAAAGGAGAGAUUUGCUCAUUAUUCUGGUAUUAUGAUUGGGGUUUAAAAUGGUCCAGUUGGCUAAGUUGUAACAUGUCCUAGCUAAGGUUUAAGAUGGUUACAGUAGUCUGAGUUAUUUAAGGACUGAAUCUAUUGAAGUUUGGAAAAAACCUCUUGUUUGUUUUAGAUACAGUGGAGGGUGUAGCUCUGUUAUCCUAAUGAAAACAAAGUGCGCAAAUGCACAGCAACCCUCACCCCUCUCCUCAUUUAUUCAGUUUUCUUCAGACCUGCUUUUUCCAUUAGGUGACUUUAAGAUAGGGAGCUGGAACUGCAUCUAAGUGAAGGGUUUAUUCCAGUUGAGUAUAAGGCGUAUGACAUUUGUGCAUUUUAUUUCUGACAUUACCUCACCAAGUCAAUAGCUGGGAUUUGGUAAUGCAGAAGAAGUAAGUAGAAGUAGUAGAAUAUUAUUCUAAACAUUAGUGACAGGUCUUUUUUUUUAUCUUUUAGCUAAACAGACAUAUCUUCCAAAAUGUCUUCUUUAUUAAGAGUUUUUUUAUUUUUAUGUAUUCUUGUGCGCUGGUUUAACUGCUGUGUUAGAACUUUCUGAUUUAUCUGACGAUCAUAUAAUAUGAUAAUCAGAUUUAGAGGACCAAAAUCCUGGCACAACUGGCACAGAAGAAGGGUCUUAAAGUGGUCAAAAGAGCUCCAGUAACACUUGUAGUUCAGGAAAACAGCUUUAUUUGACAGACGCGUUUCGACUAGUGGCCAUUUUAAUGAAGUAGAAUCACUGCCUGUUUCCAGCUUUGACUUGAUUUCCAAAACUCCAACGUAAGGCCCAAAUUGCCAAGAGCUGGAAUUAUGCUAUAACUUUCGUACUGUUUUUCUGUACUUGGCCUUAAGUAUGUGUGUUAGCAUGUUCGACAGUAGGAUGAUGUAUCAUGUAUUAAUCUUUUGGUUGUGUCAAAUGUCUGAUCACAACAAGUUUAAAUGUUUGUAAUGUUGUGAUCUUCCUUGAACCAUGACUGGAGUUAAAGCUUUUUUCUGAUACUUAAGUAACUGCUACAAUAGAAAGACAAUAUAUUAUUUACUCUCUGGACUCUCUCAUUGAAUCCAUGAUAUAUGGAUCAUACAGAAGACCAUGGGACUGUCAGUAUCUUGGCACCGUCUCGGCUCUGAGGCUCUCCAGAGGCACUGGCGCAGGAUGUUGCCUGAUGACUGUAUUUACUGUUUGUUAGCUUUCAGGAAGUGCCAGAGCCCCCACUUGGGACCACUUUGAACAAUUUGACUGGCAUGAGGGACUCAGAAUGAGGGGCUGUUGUUGGGGUGUUUUUGUGGAAGGAGAGAGUCCUAUAGAGGGGCAGAGAGAGAGGCAGCCACUGCAUGGUCUCUCUGUCCAGUGCAAGCGUUUGUAAUGCUCCAGCAGUGCAGUUUAGAUCAGACUCCACUCAUUGUUCCAUGACUUCCUUCGCACAUUUGGUUUCGUCUUUUCGAUAGGUUGCCAUGGUGAUACCAUAGUUGUCGGACACUCAUGGCUGGACUGGGGAAUGUUGUGUAAAAUAGCAGGAGGCCCUCCAGAUUUACUCAAACAGCACCUCCCCGUCAGACGCACGGCUUAAGAAAGAGUUUGAACUUAUCUUUUCCUUCAGUUAGACUCAAACACGGUGCAUAUUAUUAAAAACAAACCACUAAGUGAAAAUGGUUUUCUUCUACUGGAUCAGUGCUGAUACUCGGUGAAUUCAAGGAAGCAUAAGAGAUUUAAUCAGCUUAAGAAAACAAGCCGAGAAACACACAAUGUGGUUUCUUGCAGGAGUAGAGGUUGAAGCUCAGGAGGGAAGGAAAGAGUCGAACAAGGACCAGGAUCAUGGUCCUGCUGCAAAGAGGGCUGUUUGUGUCCAGAAAACUCAAGUACAAAUGUAAAUCAACAAAAGAUUUUCAUUGUCAAAACUUUUUGUGCGCAUUAAUUGUUCUGUGGUUUCAUCUGGGGAUGUGUCGUUCAGCUUGUAAACAGACUCACAGAGCAGCAUUUGGCAGUCAUGCAGUCUUAUGACCGGGGCACAAGGAUAGUGUUUAGGGACGGCUGUCGGAGAGUAACAAGGCACAUGAGCCAGCAGUUAGACAAUUUUGACAGAAUUAGGGGUGUUGCGUAACAUCUAAUAAAAUUUCUCCAGGCCUGUAUUCACCUGUUUCCUCUGCAUGCUCAUGUUCGAGUCAUUUAUUGCUUGCCCUCCCUCAUGAGGGCUGUAUCAUCUCCUUUGAGUUUAGAAACUCGAUAAAACACUUCAUUUUUCCCUAUCGGCCUUUCCUUCUGUCUUCAUAGGUAAAGUCUUUGUUCCUAAACAACAACCAAUAGAAUCACGGCAGGAAGAAGUCACAAAACUGGAUCCAGAAUUAGAGGAAGCUCUGUCAAGCGCCACAGAUACAGAACUGUGUGAUCUAGCAGGUAAGAAAACCUUUAAAGAAAGUCACAAAUUCACACUAAACUGAGUGUAGUUGUUGUCUGUGAGUCUGCCACAAAACAGCAGCUCCUAGCGCUGCCCUUUACAGCGUGAUGAUGAGGGAACAAAGUAGCUUGUCUGCUGUGGACUCUAGAUUUGAUUACCUUUCAUUUGAUUACUGGGGCCUUUUCAAACACAUGGGAACACCACAUUCAAUCAAUCACUGGUUUGUUUUUGUUUUGCAGCAAUCCUGGGUGUCCACACACUGGUCACCAGUACUCAGACAUAUGAUGGGACUGGGACCAAAGCGGGUUACAACAGUAAGUACAACCAGAGGAUUAACCCUUAAAGUCAAAGGGCUAGAAAGGAUCAAUAUCUUGACCUCUGGCCGUGUUUUUAUCUAGAUGUGAUCAAAGGAGAGAAGAUGAAUCCUGUGUUCGAUGAGCCUCCAAAUCCCACUAAUGUAGAAGAAACUCUGCAGAGGAUAAAAAGCAACGACAGCUCUCUAACAGAGGUCAAUCUCAACAAUAUAAAGGUAAAAAGAAACACAAGGUUUUACUGUUAGCGUUACAGGGAAUUCCCUGAAUGAUGGCAGUGUUUUCGUUUCUUUUCAGAACAUCCCAAUCCCCACGCUGAAGGACUUUGCCAAGGCCUUGGAGAAAAACACGCACGUCAAAAAGUUCAGCCUGGCAGCAACACGGAGUAACGACCCAAUAGCUGUGGUAAGACGGUGGCUUGUGGGCUUUUAAUGGCUUUGUUUACACCAGGACAACCCCAUGUUUAACACUUUGUUUUAUUUCUUCCUCUUCUGUCCUUUCCCACUUCUCAGGCGUUCAGUGACAUGCUGCGGGAGAACAAGACGUUGCAAGGUCUGAACUUGGAAUCGAACUUUAUUACCGGAGCGGGGGUGCAGGCUUUGGUCGAUGCGCUGCGAGACAAUGACACACUCACAGAGGUCAAGAUAGACAACCAGGUACCGGAUGCUGUGCAAACACGCAAACAUACAGAGCCUUGAAAAAGUCUUCAUACCCCUUGAACUUUUUCACAUUUUGUCACUCUACAACCACAAACUUAAAAGUAUUUUAUUGAGAUUUUUUCUCAUAGACCAACACAAAGUAGCACAUAAUUGUGAAGUAGAAUGAAAAUGAUACAUGGUUUUCAAAAAUUUAAACAAAUAAAAAUCUGAAAAUCGUGGUGUGCAUUUGUAUUCAGCCCCCCUAUACCCUGAUACCCCUAAAUAAAAUGCAUCUGACACUGAAGUGCCAAAAAACUGCUUAUAUGUCGAUUUGGGACUGGUCCUUUUUGGCAGGUUGGCACCUAGCAGCAACCUCGGUGUUUAAAUUGAAGCUGUUGCAAAUUGCCAAAUGCUGCCAUUAAGGCGGACUCAAAAAGCCAAGUUAUCCCUAACAAAUCCGAUCUUACAAUGCCCAUUUUUACACACACACAAAAAAGACUUAAAAUACAGAAAAUUCCAACUUACUCUGGUGUGGCCUGAACGUGAUCAGCAUGACCUUUUAGAUUCCUGUGUUUUGGUUCGCUGCCAUCAUCCAGGAUCUAUGCUGGUAAAAGAAGGAACUUUCUCUGAUAGUUUUGUCACUUUUAUAAACAAAGUGGUUUUCCACAGCCUCAAGUUGUAAAAUAAUGUUUGCACUAGGCAGCAUGCAGCCGAACAAAAAGCCAACUCACACAAACCACUGCCUGAAUAAGACACCAAAAGACCAGCUGAGACUUUCCAAGAAAGGAAGGAAGAGAGAGAGGUUAAACUGUAUUCUUGUGGUCGAUUUCUGCUUUUAUGAACUAAGCUGAAGCCUGACUCUGUACUUGUGUGUGUUUGUGUGUGUGUGUUUCAGAGGCAGCAGCUUGGUACCAACAUAGAGAUGGAGAUAGCUAAAAUGUUGGAAGAGAACAACAGCAUAGUCAAGUUCGGCUAUCACUUCACCCAGCAAGGACCUCGCUCCAGAGCUGCUGCAGCCAUCACCAAGAACAACGACCUGGGUAUGACACACACACACACACUUACACCCACCCACACACACACACACACACACACACACACACACACACAGAUUCAAGAUUGCAAAAGCUAGAUGAGUUGUUGCAGAUCUUGUUACCCCCCCUUCGACUGGUUUCCGUCUUAGUAAGAGCGAUGACGUCUCCUCUCUUGUAGCUCUUCAUCCCGUCAGCGUGGCGGUAGCUCAGGUGUGAUGCAUGGGUGUGUCUAUGAGUGUGUCAGUGCAUCAGAGUGUUUGAACGCAGUAUUCACGGCCUUAACAGUACCGAGGUCGACACGGUGUGAGAGUGAUGAAAUCUCACUUCUUGUUUUCUCUACACGCUGUCACAUGCUGUUGAAAUGGGUCCUAACUUUGACUGCUUAGCUCAUAAUGAUGUAACAUUCGUGAGAAACUAACAGGCCUGUGUUAGCUGAAAGUUGCAAAGCAUGUUUGUGGUUUUUUUCAUGUAGUGAACUGACUUUGGUGAAGUUUAAACUUUUGCCUGAUUGUCAUUCCUUUUUUCACUCUCUAGUCCGCAGGAAGCGAGUGGAAGGAGACCUGUAGGGAACAACCACCCCGACCUGUCUCUCAGCCAAUCCUGUCGUUUCAUCUCACUGUUGCGUGGAAUAAUUUCAGCCAAUGCCCUGGUCUCAUCUCACUGUGUGGAAACUUUAGUCUUGUGCCAAACUGUGGGGCAAGGCAUGCUCAACCAGAACAUACAUCUGAGAAGAAGGGAAAUAACUGGAAUUGCUCUCUCCUAAUCACAUGUUUAUACUUUUGUUUAAUAUUAUUUUGUUGUCGUCGUCAUGGAAGGUGUACAUCUGAUUAGUUUUUAGUCAUUUCAUUUCAGCUGCUUCCUUUUUUUUGAGCCUUCAUAUGAUCUGUCCAGACAUUUUAUUUGUGUUUUUUUUUCCUUUUAUACAAUGCAGUGAACAUGAACAUUAACAAGUAACAGGAAAAACAACAUCAGAAACAUCUAGUUGCUGUUGAGGCCCGAAGCUUCCUAAUGAAUUUCUGUGUUAAUCCAGUCAAGCUGAAUCAGAAAGUGACGUAAAUCAAAGCCAGACGAGUCUGUUAGUUUCCUGCCAAUACAUCCAGAAUGAGUAUAUCUGCGUCUAAAGCCACUGUGAGGUACGACGAUUAGUCAUGUAGUAACUAGCUGACUCUUGGUUCAGAUCAGAUCCAUCUGCAUGUCGCGCUGCGGGUGUUGUUUAUUGGAGUUGCCUUGUAAAACCAGCUCGACUGUCUCCAGCUGAUGUUUGUAACGGUUACGUUUCUGCUGACCUCAUGCUGCAGUCAACCUUAAAACAGAUGCUGGCCCAAGUCCUUAUAUAAAUACUGAAAGCAUUUAUGCAUCAUGUUUAAUAUCACUUCACUGUUUUUAUCCUUACUAAAGAUCUUGUUGUCGCGUGCUUCAAAUUCUGAUGUUCAUAAUUCUAAUCGCUUAUAUCCCGUGAUAGGAAAGGAUUACAUGGUUUCAAGUAAAGUGAGAUCAUACUGUAAAAAAGGACAGGAUAUUAACCCCAGUCUGGUCUGGAGGAGCUUCCACCUGCUCCCACACAUGAUGUCCUAAAUGUCUUUGCUCAGCACACUGACUUUCUCUGAUGCUUAACCAUGCCAAAGACUAACACAUGCAGUGUGCAGAGUAUCUCUGUUGAACUUGGCAACUGGUUCAGGUUUCAGCUUUGUCAUCUGCAGUCAUUUCCUCACAGUUCACAGCAGUCUCAACGUCUUUUUCAGACACCAUGUUGUGAUGUUUUAUUAUCUCUUUAUUUUGUGGGCCUUUUUUAGGAUGCUAAGCAAAGCAAGUGUAAUGUGAGUUGGCUAACAGCUUGUAUGGAACCACUCAGGUUGUGACUAUUUGUGAAAUGUUUCUAUGAACUACAUCUUACUGAUCGAGAGUCUUGAACAGAUCCUAAAUUUAACAUUUCUCACUCCCACACACACACACACACACAUACACACACAUUCACUUUAACUGGGCUCUAAGCAGGUCGUUUAUUAUGUAACAGAUGACAACGUGCUGUGUGUGCCUCUACAUGAACUUCCAUUGGUACACCAACCUGCUUGAGAUGGGCAAAACAGGACUAAUAAAACAGGUGUUACUUGAAACUUGUACAUACUGAUUAUGUGUAAUAGGAACAAUGUGCUGGCAUGAAGUCAUCACUUGUGAACAUCAUGUUUCUGUCGACCAAAAACACCCCACUGCUUCACAUUCCUGGGACUGGAGCUGAUCGGCUCAGUCCAGUACUUUGGGUUUUCUAUCUGUGUACUCAUUCCAUCAUCAUAUCUCUAAGUGUUUCCUCUUGGACCUGUUUUUUUUUUUAUUAUUAUCGUUGGUGAAAACUGCUUCUUUGCCUGGGCCUGUUAUGAAUAUUCUGUAAUUCAUAAUACUGUAUGUAUAUUAAUUUUAAAACGCCAUCUCAAAAUCAAAAGUGCGCACUCAAACACAAGCACAUUUAUAUAUGUGUUCCCACAUUCAUUUAUACAGGUCAUUGCUGGGAUGUUUUUGUACCAUAAACCAGAACCCAGGUGUAUGCUUAACAGAAGGAACAUGUAAUAUUAUAAAACCACAAAACUGGUAAAACGCACUGCUGAAUAUAAGACAUCCUUGAAAAUAAAUGUUUUUACAAACUCUGAC